UGCUUACUCCUAUUGAAACACAGAAUUUUCACUCAUUUAACACUUGAACUCAACAAGCCAGUUUAUGCAUUAAAGCAUAACACAUAAAAGAAUCAGGUGAGAACUGAGAGUAAUGGGAGACACUAGUGUUGAGAAUAACAGGAACAAGGAGAAGAAGAUAUUAUGUCUUCAUGGAUUCAGAACCAGCGGUAGCUUCCUGAAGAACCAGCUCUCCAAAUGGGAUCUUCCUACCGCCUCUGUUUUUUCUGACUUUCACUUGGAAUUUCUCGACGGAUUUUUCCCAGCAGGAGGCAAGUCGGAGAUAGAAGGCUACUUCCCACCCCCUUAUUUUGAAUGGUUCCAACAUGAAAAUGACUUCACCGUGUAUUUUAACCUAGAAGAAUGCAUCACUCGCUUGUGCGACUACAUAACCAGCAAUGGCCCCUUUUACGGUUUGCUCGGCUUCUAUCAGGGAUCAAUUCUGGCUGCCCUCAUCCUGGGCUAUCAUGCACAGGGGAAGAUAUUGAAGGAUCAUCCACCCAUGAAACUAUUUGUGUCCAUAGCAGGGGCAAAGUUUAAAACUCCAUCUAUUUGUGAAAUUGCCUACAAAGAGCCUAUCAAAGUCAAAUCUGUUCACUGCAUUGGAGCCAAGGACUGGCUCAAAGUGCCUUCCGAGAAACUUGCGUCCGCCUUUGAAGAUCCUCUCAUCAUAAAUCAUCCCUACGGACACACUGUUCCGAGACUAGAUGAGGAAGCUGUCAAGAAAAUAAGAGAUUGGAUUGCAGAUGUGAGCGAGGCAGAUUCACAUGUGGGAAAUGGUGUGCUAAAUGAGAAUAACUCAGCGAUAGAGAAAGCAGAGGAAACUCUGAAAGAAUGUGACUUGCGGGAGGAAGAAAGUAAGUAAAUGAAGAUGUAAAAAUAAGCUAGAGCUUAAACAGGUUAUGCUUCUAGCCAAUGUAUCAGUAUUCAAUGCUGCCUUGAGCAUUGCUACAAAGAUUUGGAAAGAAGCUUAUAUAGUUAUUGUUAAAAGUUGUGCUGGUAUCGAACAAAACCAAUAAAAUUACAUAAUAAUGAUGUUAGGUGUCAAGUACCAUCUAACACAAGUUUCGUAUUUACUUGUCCACUUCACUGGAGCACAUUAUGUAGUAGUUUUCUUUGUUGCCUCCAGCAUUCUGGAAAACUGUUAUAGUUGUGCAUGUAUCUGGAUAAACUAUGAUGUAAUCACAUAUUAACUAUGUUCGUUGUUAGCUACAA